ACCGAACCCAAACUUUGAUGAUGGUGAAGAAAAAUGGGUCAAAAUUUGUUGAUCUUUCCGUCUGGGCUGUGGCAUUACAAUAUUUAAAGAACUGUUUUUUUUGUAUAUUUCCUUCUAAUCACUAGAAAGUAGAGAGCGGGUGCAACCACGUCAGUGAAUCUUCACUCCUUUGAGUUCAGACAAAACUGAUCCAUGAUCUUCAUUUAAGGCAAUUUUUGGCUCUUCCCACAAUUUCAGAAGCAUCUCACUCCCUCCACACAUUACCAAUCACCAACUUUAUCACCUCCUCUCCCAGUCUCUUUCCAACUGCCUACAAAUAUCAUAUUAAUUCAACUGAAACAACCCACCUACCUAAUCUCUCAAAAUCUUCAUCUCUAACACUUGAACAAAGAAGGGUUUUUAAGAUUUGUAAUAAAAAACAAAUUACUAUGAAGAGUUCUAAGAAGCUGAGUGUGGUGAUGGAGAAAUGGAGAAAAGAAAAGAAGGGGCAUUUUGCUGUGUAUAGCAGGGAAGGGAAGAGGUUUGUUGUGCCUUUGUAUCAUCUGAAUCACCCAUUAUUCAGAGUUCUAUUGGAGAUAGCAGAGGAGCAGUUUGGAACAAGAGUCACUGGGCCAAUACAAGUUCCUUGUGAGGAGGAGUUUAUGGACUACAUCCUGUCUGUAUUAAGGAAGAAUCAUUCAGAGGACGAAGAGAACUUUCCAGUAUCCAUGACUACCUGCCAUUUUUUCUCUUUUCCCUCUCUUUGGGGCUCACAAUCACCGGGAACGGGGAACCUUAGUUCUGUAAGUUGAGAAUGGCGAGUGAUUUUGACGGUCCUGGUGAGGAAGAUUGACCAUACCAAGGCCAGACUCUUGAACAUGACUGAGAGUUUAGCCUAGUCUGUUCUGUUUUCUUUGUGCUACAGGAUAUCUAUCAC